AGGCCUGUGGGUAUAGUCGGAGCAGCGAUGGAGAUGAACCACACCGCUGACGUCCUGGGCUCUGCCUAUCUGGCAGUGGAGUACGUGGACUCGCUCAUCCCGCCAAUCCCCAUGCAGGAGCUCGUGAGGAGCGCCUGGAACCACAUGCUGGAGCACUACACCCAGUUCCAGAUCGCCACCUGGGGCUCGGUCAUCCUCCACGAGCUCAUCUACUUCUGCGCCUGCCUGCCCUUCUUCUUCUCUCAGUUCAUACCGCUCAUGAGGAAGUACAAAAUACAGCAGGAUAAACCAGAGACGUGGGAGAAACAGUGGAAAUGCCUGAAGAUGCUGCUCCUUUCUCACUUCUUUGUGCAGAUUCCUCUGAUCUGUGGGGCCUACCACUUCACCGAGUUCAUCGGUCUUCCGUUCGACUGGGACUCCAUGCCUCGAUGGCCUUAUCUGGUGGUGCAGUGCUACAGCUGUGCAGUCAUGGAUGACACCUGGUUUUACUUCACCCACCGACUCCUCCAUCACAAGAGUAUUUACAGGCACAUCCACAAGGUCCAUCACGAGUUCAGCGCUCCUUUCGGCUUGCAGGCGGAGUACGCCCACCCUCUGGAGACCGUUAUCCUGGGAGCGGGCUUCCUCAUCGGGCCCAUGGUGUUCCGCAGUCACCUGGCUCUCCUGUGGAUCUGGCUCCUGUUCCGCCUGCUGGAAACCGUCGACAUCCACAGUGGAUAUGACCCACCAGUGAACCCAAUGCACAUCAUUCCCUUCUACGCCGGGACCCAGUUCCACGACUUCCACCACAGAAACUUUGAGGGGAACUACUCCUCCUGCUUCACAUGGUGGGAUAAGCUCUUUGGGACCAAUCUGCAGUACAAAGACUUCGAGAAAAAGAAGGCCCAGCAUAAGUCCCAGUGA